UAUUCCGCCGAAUUGUCGCUUGCAUAUGAUGACUCAUCAUUUAGAGGUCAGAGUCGCGCAUUUCUUUUUGGCGACAGUUAACACCCUUCCUUUGGUCAUCUGAAAUCCCAAAGAGCCAAGAGCACCGAAGAACAACUUCUCAGACUGCUUCUUUCAUCACUAACAGGUUGGGUUAUUCACUUGUUAUGCAUGUGUACAGGGCUUUAUGGUGAACCGUGCUAUUCCGAUUGCUGGAGAACUUUAUUUAGGGAUUUAAUAAUUCCAUUAUGGUUGCUACCCAUAAGAAUCUGGUGAAUUUGAAAAUUGGAAUAGCUGAUGAAGAUUACAGCGUAUCUCAGCCUCUUUCUCGUAGCUUACCUCCCGCCCACAUGGGCAGCACUAUUUUCUGCUGUCCUUGUGAUUGUCACUGUUUCACUUUCAAUGUACCUCAUUUUCGAGCACCUUUCAGCAUAUAAGAAUCCUGAGGAGCAGAAAUUUCUGAUAGGUGUCAUCUUAAUGGUCCCUUGCUACUCCAUUGAAUCAUAUGUAUCAUUGGUGAAUCCAUCAAUUAGUGUUGAUUGCGAGGUCCUACGUGAUAGCUAUGAGGCUUUCGCCAUGUACUGUUUCGGAAGAUACCUUGUGGCAUGCUUGGGUGGGGAAGAGAGGACAAUCGAGUUUAUGGAGCGGCAAGGACGGGCAGGUUCUAAAACACCCUUACUAGAAAAUAGUUCUCAAAAGGGAACUGUAAAGCAUACUUUUCCUAUGAACUAUUUCUUUAAACCAUGGAAACUUGGUCAAUGGUUUUACCAGCUUGUAAAGUUCGGAAUUGUUCAAUAUAUGAUAAUAAAGACUUUAAGUUCUAUUUUGGCGGUUAUCCUACAAGCCUUUGGGGUGUACUGUGAAGGAGAGUUUAAAUGGGGUUGUGGGUAUCCAUACAUGGCAGUGGUUCUCAACUUCAGCCAGUCGUGGGCUUUGUACUGUCUAGUUCAAUUCUAUACUGUUACAAAGGAUGAAUUGGAGCACAUUAAACCAUUGGCCAAGUUUCUGGUCUUCAAAUCAAUUGUCUUUUUGACUUGGUGGCAAGGUGUGGCAAUUGCAGUCUUCUCUGCCUUGGGUUUGUUUAAUAGUCCUAUAGCUCAAGGCUUGGAGUUCCAAUCAAGUGUUCAGGACUUCAUCAUUUGUAUAGAGAUGACAAUUGCUUCUGUCGUUCACCUCUAUGUCUUCCCGGUCAAGCCAUAUGAGCAAAUGGGAGACCGUUUUGAGGGAAUUGUUUCUGUUCUUGGAGACUAUGCAUCUGUGGACCCUCUUGAUCCUGAUGAGGUGAGGGACAGUGAGCGCCCCACCAAGUUACGACUGCCCCAGCCUGAUCCUGAUGGCAAGAGUGGAAUGACAAUAAGAGAAAGCUUUCGGGAUGUUGUCAUUGGAGGUGGUGAAUAUAUUGUGAAUGAUGUCAAGUUCACAGUAACCCAUGCUGUGGAGCCGAUGGAGAAGGGGAUUACACGGUUCAAUGAGAAAUUACACAAGAUAUCUCGAAACAUAAAGAAACAUGAAAAGGAGAAAAGAACUAAAGAUGAUAGUUGCAUCGGUUCAUCAUCACCUACACGAAGAGUGAUCCGUGGGAUUGAUGACCCUCUCCUGAAUGGGAGUGUUAGUGAUAGUGGUGUAUCCAAAUCAAAGAAAUACCGUCAGAGAAAACAAUACAGCAGCAGUACUGAGAGUGGGGGAGAAAGUAGCAGUGAUCAAAACUAUGGGGGAUAUCAUAUCUGUGGGCAAAGAUGGUUCAUCAAAGAUUAAUUCACAAGAGAGAUGGUGAAUGGACAAGAAUGCACAACAGCAAUAACCAAGAAUUACGCAUAUAUCGGAUCAUGAUCAAAUAAGUAAUUGCCUGCCCCCACCUGACUUGUUUUUGAAACAACUGGGAAAGAUUCUCUUCUGAGUGAUGGUAGAGAGAGGCCUGUAUGAC